AUUGGAAUGAAAUGGCAUUGUCUUGGGCAUCGGAUUAGCCGUUGAUUCAACGCUUUCUUUUUGUUCGGUUUCGUUUCAUUUCCUUCAUAACCAUAGUAUGAUCCCAAUACCAAGUAGACAACUUUAUUAAUAGAGAAGGAAAAAAAAAACGAGAACAAUGGAUCGGAAUCAAAUUGGGUUUUCGUUGAUUCUGAUGUUUUUGAUGGUUGCCCGUGAUUGCGAUGCGUCUUUGCUCGCCAAGUUUCGGAAGCUUGCGGUAGUUCCUGGCCCAAAUAAGAACAAGCUUUCUCAGCAGAUUUCUCCUUCUCCUGCUCCGGGCCCAGCUGCUUCUGCGCCGGACCCACCUACUGAUGGCCUGAGCUUUGGGAGGUGCAAGAGCUCAUUAAAGACUUGCCAUUAUAAAUCUCAGAUUAAUAUCUCUGCCUGCUUAAUUUCCUCAUCAAAUGCCAACGAGGAGUUGUUUCUUCUUGUCCAAAAUGAUGGAGAGAGUUAUCUUGAAGUGAAUGUUACGACAAACAAUAACACAUCGCAGAAGAUAGAAAUGUCUAAACAUCAAAUCAAAAAGGUCAAUGUCUCAGAUGGAAGAAGUUCAUCAGUAGUACUAAAUGCUGGAAAUGGGGAGUGUAUAAUUCACUUGGAAUCACCUAAACCUGACAUCAGCUUCUUUAAGGGUUUCCCUUACUAUGCUGACUAUGCGACGCCGCAAAAUGGGGCCUACAUGUUGAUUUUGAGUGUUCUGAUCUUUGGAGGGAUGUGUGCUUGUUGUAUGGCAGGGAAAAAGGGACGGAAUGUUGAUGGAGUCCCAUAUCAAGAACUUGAGAUGGGGCGUCCCGAAUCACCCUCAGUUGACCAUGUGGAAACAGCAGAGCGUUGGGAUCAAGGCUGGGAUGAUGAUUGGGAUGAAAUGAAGGCAGUUAGGUCUCCAAAGUCUCGUCGAAACAGGAAUGCAUCGACGAAUGGCAUUGCUUCGAGGUCUUCUGAUAGAAAUGGAUGGGAAAGCGGUUGGGAUGAUUAAGAUGAAACCUCUCAUGUUGCCUCCCAAAUAAGAGGGGUUCUCUGGUAAACCAAAUAACAAGAAAAUUUAUAGGUAAAUUAGGAAAAAGUUUUCAGAAUGGAAAUGAAAGAGGAGUUUUCGUUAUUUCAUACGCGUGCUUGUCAAUUCAUGUUAGAAUCAUAGUAUCAGAAAACAAUUUUGGUCUGUAGAACUAGUAUACUUUUCCUUUCUUUUUCUUCCAUUUGAAAUUUACAGGCUAAUUUUUAGUUUGCGUUUU